AUGGCAGAGAGAGUCGAGGCCGUGACUAGCCUUCCACCUUGCAAGAGACACAUCGUGACGCAUGAUGCCGCUGGGAAAAGCGUGUACUAUGCAGACUCGCCUCCACAACAGUACCUCGCUCUUCCUGGUGGAGGAAUGGCCCGUUCGUACUCGGUGGCUUCUGUGCCCGCCGAGGUGGCUGGCGAGGAGGAUGUGAAGGCAUAUUUGAGCAGCGAUGGAACCACGAGUUGGACGAACCCGUCGAUCGCCACUCCUGGCGGAGCGAACCUUCUCGUUGUGGAUAUGGGACCCGGGGCGAGCAGCCAGAUGCAUCAGACCGUGUCGGUGGACUUCUCAAUUUGUGUUGCUGGCGAGAUCGACCAUGAACUUGACAGUGGAGAGGCUGUGCGAUUGAGGCCAGGAGAUCACAUUGUUCAACGCGGCACCAUGCAUCGCUGGAGGAAUGCCUCUGAAACAGAGCCGGCGCGCUUCAUCGCCGCCAUUCUGUCCUGCGAGGCAUUUGACAUUGGUGGGAAAAGGCUGGAGGAGGUCCAUCUUCCUGACUAG